GCCCUCUUUUGUGGUCACUGGCCCCACAAUCAAAGCCUGUACUAGCAUGUGCAUAUGUUAUACAUACAGUGUUUGAGUAGUUUGGUACAUGUAUUGUUAUCUUCCGUUUUUUAUGAGGCUUCUCUGUAGAAAAUCUAAACAAUGUCAGCAGCUUCAGAGGGGUUCUCAACAAGAAGCUUUAGUGAGCUUUCAGAGGAUGAGUUUAUGGUCAGAGUUGGGGUUGAUCUAGUUGCAGCUGCUAAAAGGAAUCUUGGGUUUUUGAGAUUAGUUGAUGAAUCUUCUUGGCUUCAUAAGAGACCCACUAUUCUUGAAGCUAUUAGAAGGUAUGAUGAGCUUUGGAUGCCCUUGAUUUCUGAUCUGAUGGUGGGGAUCAGUCCUCCAAUGAUUCUUCCUCCUCUUGAUAUUGAAUGGGUCUGGUUCUGUCACACUUUGAACCCGGCUAGUUACAGGCAAUACUGUGAGGCAAGAUUUUCGAAGCUCAUAGGGAAAGCUGCUAUCUUUAAUGAAGAAAAUGAAGAUUAUGCAUUGAAUAGAUGUAGAGAGAUUUGGGUUCAAAAAUAUCCAAAUGAGCCCUUCGAGAAUGAAGAGGAUUCUAAUCAGGAAAAAAACAUCAUCUGUAAUGAAGACCUCUUGGCUGAGGUGUCAAAACAAAGAUGUCUUUAUGCAAAGUUUCAUGAACCGUACAUGUCGGAACUUGUGUAUCUAAUUGCAUCAAAACGACGGUUUAAAGGUUUCCUGCAUAUGAUGCAGAAAUUUUCAGAUGGUUGCUGUCGUUUAGUACCCACUACAGAUGUACUACUAAUGUUAAUGACACAUCAGAGUUAUCCCACUGUAUACGCAACAGAUGUUAAGGAAAUGGAGGGGAUUAUGUGGAAAAUUGUUGGACCAUGUGAUGCUGUAAAACCGAAUGAAGUUGAAAUGACAAAAAAACUGUGGGAACAGACUUUUGAAGAACCUUAUGAGAAAGCUGGUUGCGAGGUCAUUUCAGAAGUUCAUAAAAUUAAGCAACCGAUUUACUGGAAGGUCACUGAUCUUGAUGUGAACACAAAAUACAAAUCAUUGUUACCCAGGUUCAUAUCUGAGGUCUGUGUGAUGGUCAAGCUCAACCCCAAGACAAAUAUAACAGCAGAAGGAACUUCAAAUGAGUUUUUACGUUUACGGAUGUUAAGGUGUCAUAAGGAACUCAAUAUUAACCAACCCUUAUCGAAGUUUACCUCUGAUUCGUGGAAAAAAGCAUUGCAUCUCUUUUGCGAGUUUGGAACUAAAGGGUUAGUACUUGAGCUUCGUCACCCUAAGGGCCGCUGUUUCCGAGGAAGUAGUUUGGUAGAUACCAUCACAUUUACUUGGAAUGCUUUGCUUCGUGCACCCUCUCUCACUCUUGGUAGAGAAAUCAGUGAAAAAGUAAGGUUGUUUGCUUCAAUGACUCCACCUGUUCAAGCACCCUACUUGUUAAAAUGUGUUGCGGAUAGAGUAACAGAUGAUUCAGGGGCAAUGAUAUCUGAUGUCAUCCUCAAAAUGAAUCAAUAUCGUCCUCAAGAAGGUCGGUGGUUGUCACGCACAGUUCUUGAUCAUGCAGGAAGAGAAUGCUUUGUUAUUCGAAUAAGAGUGGCUGGAGGAUUUUGGAGGAGGGGUGGUGAAGUCCCUACAGCUGUAAAAUGGGAAGAUAGGAUUAUGGAGAUUCGAGAAGGUUCUUGGUUCUAUGAAGCAGGUUCCAUUGGUAGAGCUCCUGCAAAAGUGGUAGGAUCUGCAAUUCCAAAAGAACCUCCGGAAGGUUGGCAAGCAGCUUGGUGUUUUUCAACAGGGCAUGAAUUACUUGUAAAGUAUGGGUCAUCAACAUCCAUUUCAGGCUUGUGUCUUGAUUUGAAAACUCCUAUGCCUACUAAUUCAUGGUAUCGAGAACAAACAUCUAGAGAUACCAAUGACUCAAAAGAAUACAAUGAAAGAAACGCAGAACAAGAAGUUGAUGGAGAUGAUGGUUUUGUGACACUUGUCAGGUACUCCGAGGAAAACCCUGAUGGAAUAGCUACUGGUCUUAUAAACUGGAAGUUAUUGCUGGUAGAACUGCAUCCUGAAGAAGAUGCAGCAUUUAUACUUCUUCUAUGCAUUUCAUUGCUCAGAAGUGUUACAGAAAUGAAAAAGGAGGACAUUGGAGGCUUGUUAAUUAGGAGGAGGUUAAAGGAAGCUAAGCUUGGCGCGAGAGACUGGGGUUCAGUUGUACUUCAUCCUUCUUCAUAUUCUCCUACCAUUUCCACACCUUAUGUUCACCCUUGGCACUGGAACCCGAAGGUCCUGAUGGCAAUGGACAAAGUUGAUAUGACGGGGCCAAUCGGUGUUAGAUUUCCACCGGAGGAAGGUGGUAACAAGUUAUACAAAGACGCAGUUAUUGCAUAAAAAGAAUAUUAACCCGAAACACACCAAGGACGAUAUAAUUUUACCUUUUCAUGACAUGAUACUGGCAGGGAAGAAGGCUGUAGAUAUAUAGUUGUAUUAAAACUGAGCCUUUGUAACUAACAUCAAUACAUGAAUUCCUAAGCAUCUGGCUUGUGAUUAGCAUUGUUGUAUUAAAAAAGCUGGAAAUUAGUUAAUUUCCGAGACAAAACAAUAUACAACCGUACAAUGUGUGACGAAACAAUUAGCUAGAGAAACAAAAAAGAAUUGCAUGCAGAA